AUGAUCAUAUUUUAUGACACCUUUUCGUUGGAUGAUAUGUUAUUGGUUAACAGUGAAAUAGUGCAAUUCGAUCGUCCGACAACAUACAAACAAUUCAACCAAUUUCUCAAGCACUGGAUCCGAGGGUCUAAUCCAAGACUACAAUACAUGUGUCUUAAAAUCAAUGAUUCCAAGAGCAGAGAAGUGCUUCUAAAAGGAAUUCAUUAUGUUGAUGUGGCAGAAGAAGAGAAACAAGAAAUCUCUGAUAAAGGCUCAUUCCCGUUCCGCACUUUCGGUAGUAAUAUGGUGCGAAUCAGACAAAAAGACGGGACAUCUGCAGUGAUUGCGACCAGAAAUUCCGUAAAUCUUCUUUGGGUCUGUUUUAUCGCGUUUCACUAA